AUGGUCAAUGAAUUCAAGUCAAUAGAGAAGUGGGUGAACUUAAAUGCAGUUAAAAGGCUUGUUGAAGCUGAUGCUCUUAAGAUGGAAAUUAUUCCUAACCCAAAGGAAGUCGACGGAAUAAAAGUUCUUCAGUUGGAAACUGCAGCUGGUGCAGCAAUAAGGUUCUUUGACAAGGCUAUUGGUAUUAAUGUUCCUCGAUCACGAUUCCUUCCAGUGAAGGCAACUUCAGAUUUACUUCUUGUCCAGUCUGACCUCUACACCUUGGAAGAUGGAUUUGUCACACGAAACAAAGCUAGGGCAAAUCCUGAAAACCCUUCUAUUGAACUGGGACCAGAAUUUAAGAAGGUUAGCAACUUCUUGGGCCGCUUUAAGUCAAUUCCUAGUAUUGUUGAGCUUGACAGUCUAAAAGUUGCUGGCGAUGUAUGGUUUGGAGCUGGUGUUAUCCUCAAGGGAAAAGUCAGUAUCGUAGCAAAGCCUGAUGUAAAGCUGGAAAUUCCCGACGGUGCUGUCAUUGCGGACAAGGAAAUUAACGGCCCAGAGGACCUGUGA